GAUCAUUUACGAGUGUCAGAUGUAGCUCGUCCGCAUUCAGGAAACGGCGCAGAUAAAGGCAGUUGAACGAACAACUAAGAUCGAUUCACCCGGCGGUUAAACUGUGGGGUAACCGCGGUCAAUACUGGCACUUUUAUCUAGUUUUAAAGUGAUAUACUUUCAGUGUUUUGUAUAUUUUGUAUUCGAGUUGAUAAUGCUGGAUGGUCGAACUGAUGAAGUUCACAAGAGACAUUUGCCGACUGCUGGGUAUUGGAGGCGAUGGGCCAGGUGAGCAGGAGGAGAUGGAGCGGGGAGGAGGAAGAGGAGGAAGAGGGGGUCCAGGUCCAGCCGCGGGUGGAGAGGUCCUGAGUGGGGAGGAGGAGAUGGAGCGGGGAGGAGGAAGAGGAGGAAGAGGGGGUCCAGGUCCAGCCGCGGGUGGAGAGGUCCUGAGUGGGGAGGAGGAGUUCAGUGAGGAGGAGAAGACCAGAAGGAGAGCAGAGAGACGCAGGGCUAAGAGAAAGAGACAGAAAGAACGAAAGAAACUGGAGAAGGAGAAGAGCGCGGAUGCUGAGCAGGAGGGAGAAGCGUCAGAGUCUGAGAGUGAAAGUGAGGAGGAGGAGGAGGUAGAGAGGGUAGUACCUCCUGCCAAGAACAAGCCCACGCCUCCUCUCACUGUGUCUGGGAACAAGAGCAACCGCCAGCCCCCUGUCAGGACCCCAGAGGAGGAGCCAGAGUGGGACGUCCGCAGUGCGUUUGUGGCCAACGCUGCCAGUCACAUCAGACCCAAAGCCAGGACUAGUGCAGGCCACGCCUCUAGAGAGAACAAGGAGAACGAGUCUAGGACCAGCGAGGUGGAGAGUUCAGACCCUGUGAAGAAGGGAGCUUCACUAACAGAGAAGGGUAUUCAGUUGUUUAAGCAGGGCCAGUACUCUCAGGCUGUGGACAUGUUCUCUGAGGCUAUCCACUGUGACCCCAAAGACCACAGGUUCUUUGGGAAUCGUUCAUACUGCUACUGGUGUCUGGAGCUCUACCCCUCUGCCCUAUCAGACGCUCAGAGGUCCAUCCAGCUCGCCCCUGAUUGGCCAAAGGGAUACUUCCGCAAGGGGAGUGCACUGAUGGGGUUGAAGCGGUAUGGUGAGGCAGAGGGGGCCAUGCAGCAGGUGUUGAAGCUGGAUCAGGACUGUGAGGAGGCCUCCAUUGAGCUCUUCAACUGCAAGGUCCUGCAGCUCAUGGAUCUGGGUUUUGAAGAGGGGCAGAGUGUGUUGCUGUUGGAGAAGUUUACCACGGUUCAGGCUGCUCUCGGCUCCCCUGAGGCUGAUAGAGUGGUGGACCUCUCCUCCCCUGAGGACUCUACUGGGUCCCCCUGUCCCUCUCUCUGGGUGGGGAACGUCACCGUGGACCUCACUGAGAAGCACAUAUGGGACCUUUUCAAAACGUGUGGUGAGAUAGAGAGUAUCAGAGUUCUACAUGAGAGAUUCUGUGCCUUUGUCAACUUCAAGAAUGCCAACAUGGCCGCUCGCGCCUUGGAGAGGCUCCAGGGUGUGGAGCUGGAGAGCACCAGGCUGGUAAUCAGGUACCCAGACCGCUGGGUACAGAGAACCCCUCACUCUCCUCAGAGGACCAACUCUAUAAGCCUCAACACCUCCUCAGCCUCUCAGUACGACUCCACAGGGACCAGGAGGAUGGCUCCCAUCAAUGGUGACGAGUGUUUAUUCUGGAGGACCACUGGCUGUUUCUAUGGUGACAGGUGUCGCUUCAAACACAAGCCUGACCAGAGAGGAAGAGACAGGAAACCAUGGCAACCCUGACCACCACGCAGGGACUGGAUAGUACAGAGGGAGGCGAAUGAUGAGGAUGAGGGACUGUGUCCCUACUUUAAAAGGGAAAAUGAGGUUGAGGGUGGGGGUGGGGGGGUGUCACCCCGUUUGUAGUCCUCUGGCACAGACCACAGAUCCCAGACAGAACACUGGACAUGUAUAAUGAGUGUGUGAAGUGUCAAUCAAAGUGAAGAGGAGUGCACCUCUGAUUUCCUUCCCCCUCUCCCUCGGCCGGAGCUGUGAAACAUGGAAAUGACAUCAUCAUUAGAACUUGAAGGGAUCUUUGUCCAGUGAACCUCCUCUAUGAUGACCAUGUUGUAGACACUAAGGGGGAUGACAUCUGUUGUUAUCAUGUGUUUUACUGUGUAUGUAUGGUCAUGUGACUGGACAUGUGACCUGAAUAUGUCACUUUGAGACUCAGUGCCAGCCUGAUGCCAUAGGGUGCCAAGUAAUUGUCCCUACAAGGGAUGAAUAAACAAUGGUUUUUAAUUGAAUAUGGGGCAUGUUCCAGGCAGACUAAAUUGCAGUCACCUGCCUUCUCUCACAACACCUGGAUAAGUGUUUGUUUAAGAUGUCAGCUGACCCAAUCAUGAUAUAGCAAACUGAUGCAGGACUGCACAGUCAGUGACGUGGCACACAACCAUGAGUCAGUCUGGAACGUCACCAGUGUCCAUGGGGUGUUCUAACAUCCAGACCACCUUAAAUGAAACAAGUAGUGUACUACUGUGGAUAUUGGAACAAGACCCGUAACACCAUCCUAAUAUUGAGUUGCGCCUCCCCCUUUCACCCUCAGAACAGCCUCGUCAGGACAUGGACUCUACAAGGUGUCGAAAGCGUUCCACAGGGAUGCUGGCCCAUAUUGACUCCAAUACUUCCCACAGUUGUGUCAAGUUGGCUGGAUGUCCUUUGGGUGGUGGACCAUUCUUGAUACACACGGGAAACUGUUGAGCGUGAAAAACCCAGCAGCGUUGUAGUUCUUGACACACUCAAACCAGUGCACCUGGCACCUAAUACUGUACCCCGUUCAAAGACACUUAAAUCUUUUGCCUUGCCCGUUCACCCUCUGAAUGGCACACAUACACAACCCAUGUCUCAAUGCUUAAACAUCCUUCUUUAACCCGUCUCCUCCCUUUCAUCUACACAGAUUGAAGUGGAUUUAACAAGUGAUCAUAGCUUUCACCUGGAUUCACCUGGUCAUUUAUGUUAUAGAAAUAGCAGGUAUUCCUAAUAUUUUGUACACACAGUGUUCGCUCGGUGGACUAAAACAUGUGUGUUCAGUGGAGUAAAACAUGUGUGUUCAGUGGACUAAUACAUGUCUGUUCAGUGGACUAAUACAUGUCUGUUCAGUGGACUAAUUAAAUUCAAGUGGACUAAAGUGACAAUAUGAGGAGCACAGAAUGACUGUUUGAGAGCAUCAAUGUAAAAAGACAAUCUGUCUGUAUCCUCUCAGCAUGUGGGGGAGCUGAGUGUACAAAUGACUUAGUGUUUUAUUAUGUCAAUCAGUUGUAUUCAUUCAUAAUAAAAUAUAGUUUUAUCAAAUCA